CUCGGUGCGACAGGACGUAGUACGUGUCUCGCGCGCUAUCCGGUGCCACGGACGAAAUUCUGUCUCGAAAUUGACGAUAUUCAGAGCAGAAGUGGAGUAACGCGAUACGCUAAUUUUUUUUAGAGUACUCCAACGUAGGAUACAGCUGGACCUAAGUUGGUCUGGACGUCUGAAAGCGAUUUCCUCAGCCAACUUAAUGGAACAUGAUCUCAACCGCAAGGGAGUGAAGAACGACCCCCCCGUAGGGCAUGACAGCCUCGGCGAGGGCAAGGAAGGAGGCCUCUCCAGCGUGGAAAAGUUACGCGGAUACUAUGACGAAGCCAGGAACAGGCUGAAAAAUUACCUCGCAGCCAUGGGGUCUGGAAGCAGUUCGCCCAGAAACCAGCACGAAGACGGAGGAGGUGGAGGAGGGGGAGGAGGGGGCGGAGAUGGGGUAGGGGGAGUCAUGUUCCAGCAACGGCCCCCCCACAUUCGCCUGGAAGGGAAGCAGGUCGUGAAUGGAGAGGAAUUCACGGACAUCUCCUACAGCGAUCUGGGCUUCAUCAUCACCCCACAGUCCAAGAAAUUGACGUUGAACAAUAACAACUGCCAACGAGAGGCCGACGUCAACCACGCGAAUUGCAAACAGUGCUCCCCCGUGCACUCUAGGAGUGCAAAAGAUAAGCCCCAGGACCCGUACCUCGACAACGACUGCGACUCGGUGAGCUCCAGCGUGAUGGAGACGGAAGGGAGCGGCUUCCACACCCACCACAGGGCGGCCAGGCCCACCCCGCUCUCUUCCAGCACCCCCAACAUCAACUUCAGCAACUCGAACCGGGCGGCCAACAACGAGCGCCUCAACAGGCACUCCCUAGGGUCGCUCCAGCAGCGGGGGAGCGACGGGAGCUUCACGCUGUCGCAGAUGAGGGCGUCGGCCAAGAUCCGCCGCGGGGAGGCGCCCGACAGGAAUCUGGACGACUUGCGCCUAGAGGAGGUUUCCUCCUGAAGAGUCGGCCAUUUUGUUUUCCGAGGUUUUUAUGAAGCGAAGAAGAAAUACUUUCGUGUUUCGGGAUGAUCUCACGUUGCGUUCUUACUACUAUAGGUGCUUUAGGUGGAGGACUGUCAGUUUCUUUCUCCGAGUGAAACGUAGUAGUUUUUAAAACUGUUUCUAUCCAAUUUUUUUUAUGGAAAUCUUAACGAGAUGGAUAGAUAAAUAUCGCGUACGGAAAACUGUCACUAAAAGAUCUUCUCCUUCCAGUCUAGUUUAGUUAUAGUACGUUUUAAUGAAAAAUUAAAAACAUCACAUUUUGGGUUCAAGGAC